AGCAGCAGAGCAGCAGAGCAGCAGAGAGCAGCAGCAGCUGAAUGAAGUGGAGCAGACUGGAGGAGGAAGUGGCGGUUAAUGCAGUUCCACACCUUUCCGGUGUAGCAGCACUGCGACCAGCUCGACUUAAAGGAGAAAGACGAGAAGCUGGGUGUAUUUAUCGAGACAGGAGGGGGAGAUAGGAGGGGGUCAAGAAGUGGAGUUUCUCGAGUGGAUACAGUGUGUUGCUGAGGAUAUUUUUUGUGAAGUUUACCCGGUGGAGACGCUUUGGGACUAGCCGCAGAAAGCUGCCUGGUAGCGGUGAAGAGAGAACAAGGGCGCACCCGAUGAGGAAGACCGGACACCAGCAGCAACUCACAAGUACCAAAGGCUUUCUCUGGGCCUUAUAUAUACACACACGGUGUCUGCUCUGCAGGGUUUAAUCGGCCUGUCUUUGUCUCACAGCUUUCAUGUUGUAAUUGGGCAACAAAAAUGAACGUCCUGCAACAAGCUGCUGCUUAGUGUAACCGUGCCAUGUUGUGUCUAGGCCCUGCAGACACUGUGCUACUCUGAUCAUACAUGUCACUGGACGCACAGACUUUCAAGUGAAACACCUUUAAAGUACUGUUUGUUAGGUUUCAACAUGAGUGUGUAUUUUUGACUUUUUUUCCCCCCCUCACUCAUAUGCUCUUCAAGUGAGUCAUGUUUUCACAAGUCAAGUGAAAGUCAGAAGUGAGUAAAUCAUCAAGCUAAGUGUCAGACAUUUUCUCUCAUUAGCAAACGAAAGUAUUUAUGCACAAGAGAGUUCAAGAUGGGGAAAGUGCUGUCUAAAAUCUUUGGCAACAAGGAGAUGAGAAUAUUAAUGCUUGGACUUGAUGCUGCUGGAAAGACAACAAUCCUUUACAAACUGAAACUCGGACAGUCUGUCACCACAAUCCCCACAGUCGGCUUCAAUGUGGAGACUGUCACCUACAAAAAUGUCAAGUUCAACGUGUGGGAUGUUGGGGGGCAAGAUAAGAUUCGUCCUCUGUGGCGACACUACUACACGGGCACCCAGGGGUUAAUUUUCGUGGUGGAUUGCGCGGACAGGGAUCGCAUCGACGAGGCGAGACAGGAACUCCACCGCAUCAUCAAUGACCGGGAGAUGAGGGAUGCCAUCAUCUUGAUAUUCGCCAAUAAGCAAGACCUUCCGGAUGCCAUGAAGCCGCAUGAGAUCCAGGAGAAGCUCGGAUUGACCCGCAUCAGAGAUAGGAAUUGGUAUGUUCAGCCCUCCUGUGCGACCACAGGUGAUGGACUGUAUGAGGGCUUGACAUGGCUAACCUCAAAUUACAAAUCUUAAUGAUUGAGUGCUGACUGUUUUAGGUCAAAACUAUAAUAACGUUGCAAGUAACACAUAACUUCUCAAAAUGAGUAUGGUUAAGAAAAAAAGUUGAUUAUCUCCCAUUUAUUUUUAAUACUACGUUUACCCCCUUGACUAAUUUAUCUUUAACUGGGUUUGCUGGCUUAAAGUUUGCUUGUACUCUGUAGCAGGCCUAUUAUCACAUUCAUUCUCUUGGGGCUUGCUUGAUGAAUAUUGAAUUAAUUGGUCCUAACGUUAAAAGCCACAGAGAUCACCGCCUUUGCCUAUUCUUUUUCCCUGUUUGUAUGAUUUUUCUAAUGAGGAAAGUUUUUUGUCUUCAUUCUUGGACUAAAACUUGUUUCGAGGUUCUUCGGUCUCUUGCAUUGAACUUUUUUUUUUUCUUCUGAGGUGAGAUCUUUAAUGUCAUAGCAUACUUGAAGGACUUUGACAUGUGUUUUAACACAGUACUGUGGUGAAAAGUAUUUCUUCUCAAUGGUAUUGACUGCUGCAAGGGAAAAAAAGAAAAAAAAUGCUUUCAUUUCAUUGUCUUGACAUCAGAGAAACAAAACUACUUCAGACAUGUUUUGUUACCCCUCCCAACUCCCUUAUGUGGGAUAUAUAGUUUACUGAUUGACCUCCCAUGUCAUGUCUUGAUACCUAAUUGUGCUGAAUAAUCAACAAAUAGGCCUCCAGUAACUCUUAAACAUGCUUGUUGGGGAUGCAUUUUUGAUUUUUGGGUAACACGUAGUCAGUUGACUCAAUCUUUCCAAAGGAAUGUCAUUCAGCUCUGAGCUCUCUCAAUCUGAUACCACAGUUGAUUAGUCUCAGUAUUGGGACAUUAUAUGAUAGCCUAUAUCUGUAGCAUGAGUACGAAAGUACAGUAACCCUACAUCAGAGUCCAUCUGUCGUGCAGUCAGAGAAGGAGCUGUUUACUGGGGAAAUGUUGAUGACACUCUGUGGUGCAGUUCUUGCUCUUAUUUUGACUGGGGGAACCAUGUACAGAACAAUGUCAUUGUAAUGUCUUAUUAAAAAAGUGAUUUUAAAUCUG